UCGGAGCGCGCGAGCGGUGCGCCUGGUCAGCAGCUGAGAUGCAGAGCGCGGCGGUGCUGGUGCUGUGGGCGGCCGGCCUGGCGACGGUGGCGGCGGCGACGGCCGAGGAUCGCUCGGCACGCUCGGCGCAGUGCAGAGCGAUGUGCCUAGACGAGUACCACAUCGGGAGAACAGCCUCGCACACCAAAUGCUUGCAGAACCAGUUUUGUUUUAUGUGCUGGGAGAAAUGCGCUUCCCUGCAUGACGUACUGACUGCCAAGUUCACCUCCUGCGAGCACGUGCCCGACUGUGUAGACGCGGGAUGCCAGAUGGCGUGCAGGUUUCACGCGUCUCCGCCGAGCGCGCCGCGGGUGCUCUCGCUCCGCCCGGCGCGGCUGGAGGUGGAGUUCGGCUGGUCGGAGGCGCGCUGGACUGUGCUGGAGGCGGACGCGGCGCCCCGCCACGGCAGCGUCGUCUACCUGCUGCUGGCCAAGACCGGUGACCAGUGGAAGGAACUCGUGCAGACGCCGGAGGCGAGCGUGGUGCUGAUCAACCUGCGGCCGGGCACUGCGCUGCGCCUGCUGGCGAUGACGCGGCACGGCCAGCUGUCCGCCCUGGAGACGGUGUUCGCGCCCACUGAGCCCGACCGGCUGGUGCUGGACGUGCAGGAGAAUCAGCUGGACGAGGAGCAGCGCCGUCUGCAGACCUACCAGAUCGAGAUCCCUGGCGCCUGGCUGCUGGAGACGGUGUCGGUGGCGCGGGACGACAACAUGGUGCUCGCCGAGGUCAGCUGGGAGCCGCAGACGGCCGGGCCGGCCGAGUACCUCGUGACCUGGGAGGUCAGCGGCGGCGGCAUCAAAGGCCACCUCUACACGGACAUGACCUCGGUGACUCUCAGCCUGUGGCCUGAGUCCAUAUACAACAUCCAGGUGGAGCUGAUGUCGGUGGAGCAGGGCGUGGAGCCGCUGCGCUCGGUGCCGCUGGUGAUCAGCACGUACAGCGUGGCGGCCGGCCAUGCCGUGCACAAGGUGCCGCGCUCAGCGCUGGCCGGCAAGCCAUUGACGCAGCCACCGCUGCGGGCCGACGACUCGCUGCUGCUGCCGCUGCUGCUGGUGCUGGCGCUGUGCUGCGCCACCGGCUGCGCUCUGAUGGUGCUGCUCCGCCGGCUGUGCCCUGGCGGCGAGCUGGCCGAGACGCAGCGCCCCCUGGAGGAGGCGCAGCGCCGCCUGUUCGCCGUGUCGCGGUGCGUGGCGCAUAAGUCGGUCGCUUCGCCGAUAGAUGUCGUUGCAUUUGCCGGCGUUCACCAGCCGCGCAACGUGUAGGGAAGAGUGAGACAGAAUGAAUGAGCAGCGAAUGUGUGCUGUUUUGAUAUUACGUGUGUCUUCAUAUGGGACAAUUUGUAUGUUAGCUGCUUUAUCGGCUAUGAUGACAUGCUGUAAUUAUUUCGUGCGGGAUGGCUCGCGUUCUCCGCUCGGUACCACGAGUUCCUACAGUGUUAGCGAUGUGUUUGUUCGUUAGAAAUAUUUCAGCUCAGUGUUAAGCUAACACGGUGGUGUGAGCGCUUUGUACCUCCGCCUGGGUCUGCAGCCCAGCGCGCGGCUAACCUGCGACCAUGUGCCGUCCAGACGCGGAUUUUACCAUGCAUGUCAAGUAUGUUGAUGCUUCGUACGCAGCUCAGAGGCGCCAUGCCCGGCCUCUCCGCGCCCAUAGUCACCAGCCAUUCUGAAUGAGACCCGGCAGCGCUCCUCCAUCCAUCUUCACCGGCGUCUCCGGCCGUCUCCAAGCACCGCUCCCAGGUGUUGACAAUGCGCUCGGCCGGACGGCGAUUCGGGUCACCGUUGUGUGGCGAUUAUCUGUGAUACGCGCAUAUUCAUGAGUGGUGUCCCGCGCGGCCCGGCGAGCGUGCGUGACCGCCGCCUGCCGCGCGCCGCGCACUGUACAAAUACGCCGCGGAUCUGUGAAUAAUACACGGUCGUUGUCGCUCGCA